AUGGAUAUUGGAGCUUUAUCUACUUCGUCAGAAUUAUGUUCAACCGAUUCUUUAAAUAAGAAUAUUUAUACUGAGAAACCUAGUUCCUCACUCAUAUUCAUAAAUUGUCCAAUUGGUUAUUAUAAUGAUAAUUGCGAAAUUAAUGUGUGCUCCUUAAGCCCGUGUAUAGAAGCGAAUACUUUUAAAUGCUCGGUGAAAAAUGAUAAACCAUUAGGAUUUGAAUGUCAAUGCUUAUCUGAUAAAUCUAACUACCACUAUUUUGGAGAAUUAUGUCAAUUUAAGGCAUUUAUUGGCCAACGAAUUGAUUGUAAAAAUGGAUGGUGGGAAGGAAAUGAAUGUCAACCCUGUCCUAAAUGUAAUGAGUUUAAAGGAUUCAAAAAAGAUUGCGACCCUAAGACUGGAGCUUGUGUAUGCAAGAGUGGUUAUUAUCAUUCCAACAGUGAGCAUACUUGUUUAAAUUGCCAUUGUAAUCCAUACGGAGUCUCAAAUUUAAAUAUAUGUGAUAAAAAUACUGGAGAAUGUUUUUGCAUACCAGGUGUAUAUGGGUUAGGAUGUAAUAAGUGUUCUCAUGCUCUUAGUCAAUUAACUGAACAUGGUUGCAUUUACGUUGAAGGCGGUUGCCCCGAACAAAUGGAAGCGGAUAAUUUUAUCUGGCCAUUAAUACCUUACGGAAACUCAAUUACAAUGAGGUGUCCUGGGAAAUUUUCAAUAGGAAAUGUUUACAGAAGAUGUUUCAAGAUAGGAUGGGGCAAGACAGAUUUUAGCAAUUGUUCAAAUUAUAAAUUGGAAAAAAUAGUUGCAAAUUUUAUAAGCAAAAGCGAAAUAUAUUUUACAAAUGACUUUAAGGGAGAAGAUAUACAAUUGUCAUUACUAAUGGAAUCAUUUGAUUCGAUGAAUAAAUAUUUUCAAAAACCUCUCCCUUAUUACGAAUAUUUUAUGAAAGAUUUUAAAAACUUGCAUCGUUUUAUCAAUUUUAUAACUUUGAACGCAUACCUGCUCGAUAAAACAUUAAUUGAAGAUGGAAAAGUUUUACAACUUCCUAAAUUUAACAAUAUUUUGAAACCAGCUCAAUCCCAUUAUAUGAAUUCAGUGACUAUUAGUUUAUUAUUUUCUAGGCAAAGUUUUAAUUACAAUACAAAUGCUAAAGACAAAGUUGAUCAGAUCGAAAUGACAUAUUCAAUCUAUAAUCAAUUGACCCCGUUAAUAUCUAUCAUAGCUGUACCAAAUAAACUUUUAGAAAAUCCGAAGUCUCAUAAAAUUGGGCCAUUUUCUAAAGGUAAUUUUAACAUUACUUUUGACUUAAAUGAAUCCGAGAAAUAUCCCGACAAUUAUGUCUAUGAAUGUUUGUACUUGACUGAAUACCGUUCUUUAGGCCAGAAUUCUUACUUAUUUUCCGAUCCACUUGUAAAGGACCUUGCAAAAAACUUUACAUCUUGUUAUGAUUCAAAAUUUUGUCCCAAAUCUUCUAUUUGA